CAGCUCAUCACCAUUUAGGGUUUCCUAUUUCCGCCUCACUCUCGAGAAAACCCCAAUCCGCCGCCGCAAUCCUCAAUUCCACCAUCAAUGGCGCAGGAGCAGCUGAUUCUCCGCGGCACCAUGCGUGCCCACACCGACUGGGUGACCGCCAUCGCCACCCCGAUCGACAACUCCGACAUGAUCGUCACCGCCUCCCGCGACAAAUCCAUCAUCGUCUGGGCCCUCACCAAGGAGGACCGCACCUACGGCGUCGCCCGCCGCCGCCUCACCGGCCACUCUCACUUCGUCCAGGACGUCGUCCUCUCCUCCGACGGCCAGUUCGCCCUCUCCGGCUCCUGGGACGGCGAGCUCCGCCUCUGGGACCUCGCCGCCGGCACCACCGCCCGCCGCUUCGUCGGCCACACCAAGGACGUCCUCUCCGUCGCCUUCUCCGUCGAUAACCGCCAGAUCGUCUCCGCCUCCCGCGACAAGUCGAUUAAGCUCUGGAACACCCUCGGCGAGUGCAAGUACACCAUUCAGGAUCAGGACGCCCACACCGAUUGGGUCUCCUGCGUCCGGUUCUCCCCCAAUACCUUGCAGCCGACUAUUGUCUCCGGCUCCUGGGAUCGGACCGUUAAGAUCUGGAAUUUGACCAAUUGCAAGCUCCGCUCCACUCUCGCCGGCCACUCUGGGUACGUCAACACCACGGCGGUCUCGCCUGAUGGUUCUCUCUGCGCUAGCGGAGGAAAGGACGGUGUGAUUUUGCUGUGGGAUUUGGCGGAGGGGAAGAGGCUCUACUCGUUGGAUGCUGGAUCGAUUAUCCACUCCCUCUGCUUUAGCCCUAACAAGUACUGGCUCUGCGCUGCCACGGAGUCCAGCAUUAAGAUUUGGGACUUGGAGAGCAAGAGUGUUGUUGUCGAUCUUAAGGUCGAUUUGAAGCAGGAGAGCGAGAUGGUUGCCGAAGGAUCUCAAACCGCCGCUGGAAAAACUAAGGUGAUUUACUGCACCAGUCUCAACUGGAGCGCAGAUGGAAGCACCCUUUUCAGUGGAUAUACAGAUGGAGUUGUGCGGGUUUGGGGUGUCGGACGAUACUAAGUAGCACGCUCGCACACAUGUAGGCUGUGAGUCGAUUUUACAGUGAGCUUAAUUUUACUUUUAGAUUGAAGCUCAGAGCAUAUGGUCUCUCUGUGUUUUAUUUAAUGGUUUUGAGGUGGAUAUUUAAAUUUUGAGCACUUUGUUGUUUAGUUUGUUAAACGAGAAUGAAUUGUUUUUGCUUAAUUUGAAAUCCCUUUCGAAUUCCGCA